GCCGCCUUCUCGCCGCUCACACUCUUCCCGAGCCCAGCAGCUACUUCCAUGUUGUCGCGAACGCGCCGGAGACGACCGAGUCGCGUGCACGAAUGCUACCCUCCAUGAGACAAAAUGGACGUGACCCGAAGGACCUGACUAGGGAUGACUUACCCAAUGAAGUCGUCGAAACCCUAUAUGAUAUUAUAUACAAGGCGAACCAGUCGCAGGACAAGACUUCGCGCGCCAUCUUCGAUGCAUGCGACAAACACGUCGAGGACCACCAUCUAGAGCCCAAGGACAGCGCCAUCCUCUAUCGCUUUUUGGCCCGUCUACAACAUCAUGAGCGAGAGGGGGAAGACUUCUUGACGCGCUUCCAGCGCGUGCUCAGGGAUUAUUUUGAGAUUACCGUGGGAUGGGGUGAGGACGCCGAGGAUGCCGAACCUGCAGUUGACCCAGAUGCGACGCGUAGAGAGGCACAGCCAAGCCUAGGCCGGUAUACAAGGACAGGCAGCUUCGACUCGUUCCUCGACGGGACCGCCGACAAGGUUGCUGGGACCGACCACGGUGACCUUGCUGUGCGCCCGGCUAGAGCACCGCAACAAGGCGCCCCGGACGACCACGGUAAUAACUCGAACAGGCGUCGGGCCACAUCCGACACAGAAGCGCAUUCCUAUCAUCAAGCAGGACUUCCCAUACGCCAUAGGAUCAAUGGCAUUGCGCCUCGACGCGCGACCUCUGGACCACAGCAACCAGCUCAUAAGCGCAGCGCUUCCGUCUCUAGCCGCGGCAGUCUGCAGAUAAGAAGAGGCGGACAACCGGCGCCGUACAAGGCCGGUAUCGACGAUGCAGACGACGACAGUUUCACCGACCACACCGCCAGCCUCGAUCUUGCCAAAGUCCAAAUACCAGGUGUGAAUGCGCCCAUACCCGAUGGGCCUUACCAACCACUCCAGCAACCGCAGCAGCAAAGGCCAUAUGUUUUCGAACCAUUUCGACCCUCCGAUACGCGACUGAUGGAUGAUGCUGAAACCUUUGAACAACAACGGCUUCAUCGACUAACCAGAGAAUGCAUAUGGAGGUGGCGCCGUCGGGCGCAAGACCGCAUAAUCAUGCGAGAAGACAUGGAGCGGGCAGCUGUUGAGUUUGAGCGCCGCAUUCUGCUCAAAGCCUCCCUUUUGCAACUGCGCGACACUGCGCUUGUCAGGCGAUCCAGCCGAGAGACGAACCGCUUUUUUGAUCGGUUAGAAACCAGAGCAGAGAAGGCUCGUAACCUGUUUCUGCUCACCAAAGCCUUCACACACUGGGCGAAAUGUGCCGAAGACGAGGUCCAGCGCACCUCAGUUGCGCGGCGCCAUAUCUUGCGCACGCGGUUUUUCAAUGGCUGGCGCGAGAUUACUGCAGUUAAUGAGCUAAAAAUCCAGCAUUUUGCUCUGGCAAAGUUCCUCUCCAAAUGGCGCACACGUACCGCAGCGAUACGUGACGCUGAGCAAUUUGCGGUUUCGCACUACGAAGACAAGAUUGUAAGGCACACGUGGGAUGCUUUGAACAUGGAGUAUCUUAACAGGGGUGCUUCAAAUUGGCAUGAUAAACGGACCGCAAGGACUACACUGCAAAAGUGGCGGGAGAUAGUGGAAAUCAUGAGAGAGCGGGGUGUAUGGGCUACUGACAGACGAGACGGGAUGCUAUUGCGAAAGACAUUCCAAACAUGGCAGCAGAAGUCUGAGGCCGCCCAAACCCUCCAAUCUCAAGCAGACGAGUUCCGACGCACCAGCCUACUUCGAACGGCGUUGCAUACGCUGCAGAAACAAGCGCAACUCCAACCGCAAUUCCGUCAAUUCCAGACACGCGUCAACAACCGUUUGCUGGUUUCCGUUUUCCAGGAAUGGCGUAGAGGCGCUCAAUUAUCACGCCGCGCCCGUAACGUCGAUCGCCUGCGACUUUUGCGUAACACGUACACUGCCUGGAACGAUAGACUGCGCAUCAAGGCGCUUGAAGAGCGUAUCAAUGACCGCCUCAUCAUCGAAUGUUUGUACAAGUGGACUCUGGCAUCUAGAGUAUCUUUGUUCCAACGUGUUCAUGACCGACAGCUCAAGGAGUCGACCUUCUUAUCCUGGGUCACAAAGACGAACCAGCGUGCCAACACCCUCGAUGCAGCCGAAAGGCGGUUCGCCCAAUUUAAGCGUGCGCAGCUGUUGCGCACAUGUUUACGAAAGAUGGAAGCCAUCACUGCGGAGAGAAGAGCUGAGCAGUUUGCGAUACUAGCAGAGUAUCAGCAAAAGCUGAAAGAACGCACCUUUGACAAGCUCAAGGAGCGGCAAGCGCAUUUUCAGCAGCUGAAUCAAUGGUCGGCAGAUGCCCGCUUUUACGUUCUUUGCAAACAUACUUUAAAGACCUGGAGCGAAGCCACGCAGCUUGCGCGCCGCAACCGCCGACGCGAGACGUACUCCCAAGUCCGUAGAACGGUCAAGACAAAUCUUGUGCGAAGGGUGUUUGGGCAUUGGCGGGACAAGUCGGCCCAUAUUGCGGAGUUGAACCAAAGAGCAAACGGCAUUCAACACAACCGCACAAUGCAAGCCAGUGCAGCAAUUCUGCAUCAAUGGCACGAUCGCACGCUUGUUCUCCGUCAGCAGGAUGCUCAGGCAGUCAAUCUCCACGCCUUCAAGAUCUCUUCUACGUAUCUGAACAUAUGGUCCCAGCGCUUGGAUGAUAUUCGCAUACUAGAGGGCCAAGCCAUUGCUCUUCGGCAAGAAAGCACUGAGAUUGCCGCUGCAGGCGCCCUCAAGAAGAUGGGGUGGCGUCUUUGGAAUUUCAAGAGACAAGAAGAUAAUGCGAGAGCUCUGUUCAAACGCAACUUUGAAAAGCAUACCAGGGCUAUGGUUCGCUUUUGGGUGGAGCGAGCUGCGGAGCGAUCCGCUCAACGGUCUGCAAGUCCUACGCCUAACCGUAGGUCGAGAGGACGGAGAACGAAUGAUGACAAUGAAGGCGGUGGUGAUCUGACCAAUAUUGAGAGCAAAACCCAAAAUGGACAGAGAGGGUUGGGGCCGGUUGACGAAGCGCAACGUCUGGAAGCCUGGACAGCUUUCGACGGGGAUGCUUUGGGUCUGAACAACGACCUUGAUCUUGACCUCUCGCUUUCCCUCACACCAGAGCGGCCUCCGCGACAGCCAGUUUUCACACCUAAUCCAUAUGCCCAGGCCCCAACGCCAUCUUCGGCGCGUCCACUGGGCUCCAUCCUCCGCCGCACAAACACAUAUUCACAGCCAGAUCCUGUCCUCCGCCCUCCGCCCACGACCAUCGUUGAAGACGACGAGUCUGAGCUAGACUUCGGAGACGGCGCCCAGUCAACCUUUUGGACAGGAACGCCCAUGCCACCCACAGCAAGCAAGCCCGGAUACCUGAAAACGCCAUCAAAACGCAGUGUAGCACGUGCCAAACACCCCGAGCUUCCCGCUAGUCCCGAGAAGCAGCGUGUUCUCAGUCCCAUACGCCGGCCCCUAGGAUCCGUCCUUGAGCGAGAAAGGAGUACCCCACGGAUAGGCAGCAUGAGUGCGCCGCCCGUGCGAAGCUCAGCACCCGGUGCCUUUGGCGAUGUGGGCGGCGUGACAAGUUUUGAGCGGAGGCUGAGAGAAGGUGGAUUUGGAGGAAGUGUUGCUAUUGGUAGUAGUGCGAGGAAUAGAGGACGAGCGAGAGGCGGUGUUGGUGCUGGUGUUGGUCGACCGAGAGUGGAAUUUGGAGAUGUCAGUCAAAUGGGUUGAUGCUUUUCUUUCCCCUUCCGUUCCCUUUUAUUCAGCUCUCUUUGGAUACUACCGAGGGCGAUGACGAUGAAGCAUUGUUGGUGACGCGUAGUCUUGUUGAUGCUUCUAUCUGCAGGUUGCAUUGCGCGUGGCGUCUGGUUAGCACUUGUAUACGGACUUGAUGUGUGUCAGGAUACCCCCC